UGGGACAUUGUGAAAGAGAAGAAGGGACUGAAAGAAGAGGGCAAGAAUGGAAGGUGAGAAAGAGAACACCGAUGGUAACGCCGCAGCCAUGGUACACUCUUUCUGUGAAAUUACUUCUUCUUCCAAAGAAGAAGCGCUUUUCUUUCUCGAAAGCCAUAAUUUUGACCUAGAUGCCGCUGUUUCCACCUUCUUUGAUAAUGCCCAUAACCCUAUAAUCAUCCCUCAAAACGACGACGUUGUUCCAAACCCCAACCCCAACGCAGCCGUCACUUCCCCUCCAUCCGAUUCUCAUUCUCCGGAUUUUUACCCUUCGCGGUCACCAUCGCAUUCGCCGACUCCGUCACCGUCGCGUGCGCCCUACGAGCUCCGAUCGCGUAGGUCUCUGGGCAAGAAACCUUCUUCCAGCCGCCAAGGUAAAAUUCGAACCCUAGGUGAUCUCAAACACUCCUCCCGUGACUCUGAUUCUGAUUCCGAUCCAGAUUUCCAACCCGACGAGUACUACACUGGCGGGGAGAAUAGUGGGAUGCUUGUUCGAGAUCCUUCCAAAGGGAACAACAGUGUGGAUGAAAUUUUCGAACAUGCUCGGGAAGUUGCUGUUGAUCCGCCUCCUGAGAACCCUCGAAAUUCUUCAAGUUUCAGUGGCGCGGCGAGGUUGCUUUCUGGUGAGACUGUGCCGUAUGUUUCUCAGCGUUUAGAGGAAGUUGUACACACUGUCACGUUUUGGAGGAAUGGGUUCUCUGUCAACGAUGGCCCUUUGAGGAGUCUGGAUGAUCCACAAAAUGCGCCAUUUCUCGAGAGCAUAAAGAAGUCUGUGUGUCCCAAAGAGCUUGAACCAGCUGAUCGAAGGACCGCUGUCCAUGUCAACCUCACAAGGCGGGAUGAAGACUAUCCAGAACCGGUGAAGCCACGCCAUCUUCCUUUCCAGGGUGUUGGAAGAACCUUAGGUGGCCCCAGCUCCAGCAGCGACGAAGCUACUCAAACAACUGGUGCUUCGCUUACUACUGCUCCACUGCCAACAUUGGGGUUAGUGGUAGACGAGUCACAGCCAGUAACAUCAAUCCAGCUGAGGUUAGCCGAUGGCACACGCAUGGUUUCUCGCUUCAAUCACCACCAUACAAUCAGAGAUGUUCGUGCAUUCAUUGAUGCAUCAAGACCUGGGGGAGUGAGAAAUUACCAACUGCAAGCAAUGGGUUUUCCUCCUAAACAACUCAUUGAUUGGGACCAGUCUAUUGAGCAAGCUGGGAUAGCCAAUUCAGUUGUAAUCCAGAAGUUGUAGGUUGUUUACCAAAUUUCUAUUUCCAGUGGACUUGAAAGUAUUAUUCUUAUGUUUAAACAUUGAUUGAUCUACUUAUAUUCUAUUAGUGAAUUUGAUCAAA